AGAAUGGAGGGCUCCAACCACCACCACCAAACCUCUAUUUCUGCCCUGCUCCCUCAUUUCACCUAUAAAUAAACCUCCUCCUCCUCCACCAUUCAACUCUGGGCUUCUUCUCCUAAUCAAAAAAACGAUUCUAGAUAGAGAGAAAGGCUGAGGAGGAGGAAUUGAGAGUUACAUUCCUUUGAAGAGAGAGAAAGAAACUUAAGGACUAAGGAGGACUGAGAAAGAGUAAGAAAACGAGAAUGGCUUUGGCAGGAUCUUCAUUCUCCGGCACCUCUCUCAUCCAUUCUUCUUCAUCUCAAGGAGAGAAUCAGAGAGGCCUCAUCUUUGCUGCCGAGUCGUUGGGUCUGAGCACCAUCCCGAAGCGAAGCUCGAAGCAAAAGGCGAUCUCGGCUGUCCAUGCCGCAGAACCUCUCAAAGCACCGCAGAAACCAGCGGAGAAAGCAUCGAAGGCCGCUCCUCUGAGAUGGAGCCCUGAUAGCUGGAGGAGCAAGAAAGCUCUUCAACUGCCAGAGUACCCUAACAAAGAGGAGCUCGACUCUGUUCUCAAUACCCUUGAGUCUUUCCCCCCGAUUGUUUUUGCGGGAGAGGCUAGGCACUUGGAAGAGAAGUUGGCCGAGGCGGCUAUGGGAAGGGCUUUCCUUCUACAGGGUGGGGAUUGUGCAGAGAGCUUUAAGGAGUUCAACGCCAACAACAUCAGGGAUACCUUCAGGAUAUUGCUUCAGAUGGGGGUUGUUCUGAUGUUCGGAGGCCAGAUGCCUGUCAUCAAGGUGGGACGAAUGGCAGGACAGUUUGCGAAACCUAGAUCAGAUCCUUUCGAGGAGAAGAACGGGUUGAAGCUUCCAAGUUACAGAGGAGACAACAUUAAUGGAGAUGCGUUCGAUGAGAAAUCGAGGAUCCCUGACCCACAGAGGAUGAUCAGGGCUUACUGCCAGGCGGCGGCCACCCUGAACCUCCUCAGGGCCUUCGCCACCGGUGGUUAUGCCGCAAUGCAGAGGGUCACUCAGUGGAAUCUCGAUUUCACCGAGCACAGUGAGCAAGGAGACAGGUAUAGGGAGCUUGCGAACAGGGUUGAUGAAGCCCUUGGUUUCAUGACGGCUGCGGGGUUAACGGUGGACCAUCCGAUUAUGACGACCACCGAAUUUUGGACGUCGCACGAGUGCCUGCUUCUGCCAUACGAGCAGGCUCUCACCAGAAAGGAUUCAACCUCGGGCCGCUACUACGACUGCUCGGCCCACAUGCUUUGGGCCGGUGAGCGCACCCGCCAGCUCGACGGCGCCCACGUCGAGUUCUUGCGUGGCGUCGCUAACCCGCUCGGCAUCAAGGUGAGUGAUAAGAUGGAUCCGAAUGAGCUGGUGAAGCUGUGUGAGAUACUGAACCCGGAGAACAAGGCAGGAAGGAUAACUGUGGUAACGAGAAUGGGGGCUGAGAAUAUGAGGGUGAAGCUCCCUCACCUCAUCAGGGCGGUGCGCAGAGCGGGUCUGGUGGUCACUUGGGUCAGCGACCCCAUGCACGGAAACACCAUCAAAGCUCCAUGCGGCCUCAAGACUCGCCCCUUCGACUCCAUCCGAGCUGAAGUUCGAGCUUUCUUCGACGUGCACGACCAAGAGGGGAGCCACCCAGGAGGUGUUCACCUAGAGAUGACCGGUCAGAACGUGACGGAGUGCAUCGGCGGUUCGAGGACUGUGACCUUUGAUGACCUCUCUUCUCGCUACCACACCCAUUGUGACCCACGCCUCAAUGCCUCUCAGUCUCUCGAGCUCGCGUUUAUCAUUGCCGAGCGCCUCCGUCGCCGCAGGAUCGACUCCACGCCUCUACCUCUCUAGAAAUCCUACAUAUCACCCACUCUUCUCUUUUUAUCAUCAGCACAUUCCUUCACCCCUCCUUUGUCUCCCUCUCUCUUGUUCUCAUUGGGUUUCAUCUCUCCCUUAUUUGUUAUUGCGAAUUACACAAGACCUUAUCAAUUCUCCCUCCUCUUCCCUCUCUCUUUUCAUUAGGUUCCUUUGAGACCUUGAAUCAUAAACUCUUAUUUCUCUCUCUUUUGUUUUUGUUGUGUCAAAGGGCCCUUCUUUGAUCCUUUGCACCAUUGUUUCCUCUGCGCUACCAAUGUUGUAUAUAUAUUUAUUAGAGAGAGCCACAAAAGUGGAAUAGGUUGUUUUUGCAUGAUUAAACUCCGUUUAAAAGUUAUAUAAUAAAAUAAUCCUUGGUCGUGAAUGUAAGCCAAGGGAGAAUAGUUUGUAUGAGUCCGCCACUCAUCUAUUGCUAUGAGAUUAUUUGUUUUUUA